AUGCUUAGUCAGAAUUUCUUUGAAGUAAAUUUUGCGCAGCGCGUCACAGUACCGCAACGAAUUGGUGAUUCAAAAUGUAAAAUUACAAAUGAGAAUUUCCAGCGAAAAUGUCCUUACAAAGCUUGUAACAAGGCAGGUUGCCUAAUAAGUCUUACAAGUAUUGUUGGACUGGGGACACUUAUGGUGUGUGGGGUGAUGCUGCUCGUGGCGCUUAUUCUGGAUAUGCGCAGAAUCAUGUGGAUCCGCAUUUUGACCUCUACGGGUUUGGGCGGUUUUGUUGUGAUACUUUCAGUCCUUAAAAUGCAUUUCGCUCUUCUUGCCAGUGAACGAGAUCCUUCUGCAUCAACUUCCCAAACAAUUAUAUUGAGCGACGCGAGCAUGCUAGAGGUUUUUACUCUACUCGGAGCAGUUCUCCAUUUCUUUGGCGACAUUGCAGUAUUCACCUACUACAACCUGAGGUACCUGCAACCAACGUUGUUCUACACUGGACAAGUUGAACAUAUUUGA